ACUCAAAAUUUCCUUUCAACACAAUUUUCCCCUCCGUUGACCUUCACUUCAAGCAGUUCCUCUUCCGACGAAAAAUUCCAUGGGCCGAGCGACCGGCGAUCGCUUCUCGAAUAAUAAUAAUAAUAACAAUAAAGUUUUUGUAAUCUUCGAUGGAGGAACAUUCGACUCAAUUACAGAUUAUAGCAGCAAUCGUGAAGAAGAGAAGCUUGUGACAAACACAAGUAAUUACCAGUGUGUCGCCCCGGUGCCCUGAACUAAACAUCUCUCAAUUCCAUUAUUGUAAAUACUUCUCAAUUCCUCGUACCUAGGGAUCGGAGUAGGCCAACAAAAGAACCUAUGUCGGACUAACUUAAAACAAGGAUGAGAUAGUUUUAGUUCAGCAAGAAGCUCUAGCUCUCCCCUCCUCAAAUCGCAGGACAAGAAAGUGGACGUAGGCGUAGCUACAACAGCAUCAUGUCAACAGUUGAAGAAUGCGAUUUCCGUCUUCUCCGGGACGAAGACAGAUAAAUGUGCAUUUCGUAAGGUCAUAUUUAGCUUUCUUCAUCAACCCUUCAAAUUCUUUGCUCCAUGCUUUACGGUCCGGUUCGAGUCUCCAAACGGUACUGGAGACUAAUGCAGAGUAACCAAUCAUGAAUCUUUAAACACUCCUAAUGACAACGAAUGAAAUAAAAUUCUUUAAAUGACCAAACGUGAAUUCUGGUGACCAAUCUUGCAAAUUCUCCACUCUUUUAUUGUACGUUCGAUAUGUUGUGCGAAUUACGAAACUGAAUCGCUAAUCGUCGCCCUAAAUUUUGAAAAAAAAUCGCCCUAAAUCAUAUUGAAUUGACGAUAAUACCCCGAACUCCAAUUUCCCUAAUCCCUACCUCCUUGUGUCGUGUCGCCAACCAGCCGAUUUCCGGCCGCCGAUGCUCUCCGUUUCCUUGGAAUCUCUGUUUCUCAACCAUCCGGAUUCCAUCCGCUGGGAUUAUAUAAAAAAAAUAGAAAUAACAGCGAGUCAACGUGCUAGGGAACGACAGCGGCGAAUGUGACCAGCGCCCCGACUUUCUUCCUCCUACUUCUUCUUUCCCCUUCAAAUUUAUACCAUGGGAUUUCUAGGCACAGUUUUACUUCAGUUGGGCUCUUCAAUUAUUUAAAAUUUAAGUGGGUGAAUUGUGAGUGUCGAAAUGGGUGAAUUGUGAGCCAUGAUAUAUAGCUUUUGGAAAACGUUGUUUGGAUGGUUAGUGAUAGGGAAGUGAUUGGAAAAUGAGUUCCAAGAGUAAGUAAGUUUGCAGAAAAAUGGGUGUAUGGCCUCUAUUUGCUGUCAUCAAGAUCGAAGAUUUGUUGAAGUGUUGCAGCGCCGUGAAUUUAAGGAUAUUAGGGUAAUUUAAUAUAAUCAGGGCGACAAAUAAUGAUUUUUAGAGCGACGAAUAGCAAUCCCCUUCAGAAAAGUGUUCACAAAUAAAAAGCGAUCAUCACGUGCCGCCGCCCGCCGGGUCCCUCCCGAUCUACAUCAAACAAAGUUGAGAAGAAAUCCCGCCAAAUCCAACCCGCGCCUUUACCAAUUGCUCUAUCCAAAAAUUUCAUGAAACGACAUCGUAUCCACUCAUCACCUCACCCCAACACAUUUCUUCCCUCUCCGCCGCUCCGCCCCUUGCAGUUCCUCCUCCGACGGAAAAUUUCCCCCAUCGCCCGAUUUCCCACUUCUCAGUACUCUAUGCCGGCGAUUGCUUCACCCUGACCAAAAAAAUUCCAUCUCCACUGUCAAUGGCGGAAACCCUUGACUCAGUUACAGAUUACAGCAAAACCCAGCGCGUGGUCCUUCUCGUCGACCUAAACCCACUUCACCAUUUCCCCGACCCGAGCCUUUACCUCGACUCUCUCCUCUCCGCCAUCAGAAUCCUUGUCACUUUCCCACCUCUAGCUUCCUCUCUCUUCUCCUUCAAGCUCUUCUUCUCUUCCCUGUCUCCCCUCCUCUCCUCCUCCAAGCUCCCGAUCCCGUCUCCGUCUUCUCUCAAAUUCGACCGCCCUGCUUCCACCUACGAUUCGCUCUCACAAACCCUCACUUCGUCCGUUGUUUCCAAAAUUGACUGGAGCGGAUGUAAUUCCCCGAGGGCUUCGCAUCUUGCCGCCUCGAUGCGCCAGCUGAUUCAUGACUACGCCUGGGAUUCUGUUGUCUCGAGCUCGAUUGACGGUACGCCAUUGGAUUGUGGGUUCUCUCCCGUUAGGUCGAAUUUGGUUGUUCUGUUUUCCCCCAUUGUAAAGUCUCUGAAUGGACUGUCGGAGUUUUUGGGUGUGGAUGCGGAUGACGAGUGCUUGAGAAAUGUGGAGGAGUUCGCUUGCAGGUAUCGUGGAUUGUUUGGGGGUGUGAAUGAUGCGUUUGUGAGUAGAGAUAUUCAUUUCAGCUGGGUUGAUGUGAAGUGUCCGGUAGGUAGUUGGGAAGUUAGUGGUGGUUGUGAUGAAUCUCUGGUUAGGUCUGUAGUUUUUGAGAGUGGGAUUAGGGAUUUAGGAUGGGGUUUCUGUUCCAGUGAUAAUGUUGUGCUGGGUUCUGCAGUGGUUCCAUUUGGGUUGAUUUAUCCACGGAUUGGGAUCUCGCCAAAGGCGAUUGAUUUCUGUUGCUCGAAGAUGAUUCUUGCAGGCUUGAGUCUUGAGAUACUAGACGUGAAUGGGAAGCCUUUGGAGUGCAAGUGCUGUGACCUUGAGCUGGCUGGUUCAAACAGUUUCCCUAAGUUAGCCAGCUGUGGACAGGAAAAGUCAGUUUGGGAAGUGUUUAGUGGUGGGAACUCAAAACUCCAUGUUAGAGCAAUCAAGAUGGAUGAUAAAGAUGUCACAUUUGCAGGAUAUCUGCCUGUUCCAAUUGUAGUACGUGAGGUUUCUGGGGAUCUUGAUAAAGAACAAUAUGGAAGUCAGAGUGAGUUGUUUGAAGAUAAGGUUCUUCAAAUGCUGGAACCAGAAAUGGUUGAAUCACUGCCAAAGAAGUCUGGACCCAUUUGGCAAAUUCUCUUGGGUUUCCUCUGUAGGGAGAGCUAUUGGGGUUCAGUGUCUCUUUCAAAUGGCAAUGGCUGCUCACUUACUGGAAUUCUCAAGCCUUUCACAGUUUCUUCAGCUCUCCUGUGGAUCAAAUCGGACAAAUUCAAGGGUCAUGGACUUAAUUGUGGACCUUCGGUUCAAGUUGUUACAAAUAUGAACAAAGGGACCACGAACUCCAUGGUGGAUUCUGGAAGAUCACAUAUUGGCUCUAGUUCUGGACCUAUACCAUGUGGGAAACCGUUGGAAAUUGGAGGUUGUGAUGACAGGAAGAGAAAGAAGUCGAAAAGAAGUCUAACUAAGCUUCAGGAGCUUACUUGGUCCGACUUCUGUAAGGCGGCACUGGAACACUUACAGAUAGAUCUGGAAGAUGUUUACUUUGUCAAGGCAAGCAACAAGUCAAAGAAAUUGAAAUUUCUCAAAUGCUGGAUGAAAGAAGUUAAGAAGUCUACAAGUGUCACCGUGAACGAUAAUGAUAAGCUACACUCUGAUGAUGUCCCAAAAUUAGAAGACAGACUGAGUGAGUUGCCACAGGAUGGUGCACAACGACCAAUUGCAUCCUCUGCUUCAGUGGGAGAGGAUUCUUUGACUGGGGCUUCUCGAGUGCAAGAUGAGGUUGGUAAUGACUUUCACUCACUAACUUCAGAAAGUUUCCUAGAUGACAUCCCCCACAAAAUUCAACAGGGGCUUGAAUCUGAUGAUGUAGACCUGUGGUCUUUGGCCAUGCGACUAGUUAACUCGUCUGUAUUUUGGUUGUAUAAAAAAUCUGAAAAUGGAACCAACGAGGAGGUUCAAACUAAAGAACCAAGAUCAUCUGAGGAUGCUUCAAGUAGUGCAGUUGCAAGGCAGUUAGUGACACUUUUACUCAAGGAGCCUAAAGACUUGGUUACCAAGGCAUCAAAUCCGAGUUCAACUGAGGUUGACUCAGAAAAACUAGUUAGAGAAUACGAGCUACAGAUUUUAUUUCGCAUGGAGAUACUGCAAUCGGACAUCGGAGCUAGUAUCAAGGAGUCCAUGAAACAAAAGUUUGUGAAGCAAAUUUGCUCCUGUUUAGAGGGCAUUCAAUGCCGUCUUGAAGGAGGGUUUUUUGGUGAUUGGAGUCUUGAUAAAUACAUAGGGAAGAUCUUAAAGAGCAGGUAUUGUGACAGUCUGGGUGACGUUGUCCACAAGAUCUAUGAAAAAUUAGAUCUUUUGCUGUUCGAAGACGAGGAGGAGCCCUCCAACCCUUUGCUCAACAGCGAGGAUAGCAACCACUCCAUGAAAGAAAGACUGGAGACAGAAGAUGAGAGGAACAACAGAAUGAGAAGAAUGGACGAUCCAAUCCCUGCAGAACGGCAUGAGAUGAAACAGGAUGAUGAUCAUGCCAGAAAACUGAUGGAGGCUCAGGAGAGAAGACAGAGGGCAAAGAGAUUUUCUUCUUUCACCAGCUGGGUGCCAGACCUUCACAAAGUUUGGGCUCCCAAGCAGCAGCCUAAAUCCAUGAAACCCAAGUAUGACCGAAGGCACUCGAAGAGAGAUGCACGUAGAAGACGGAGCUUUGACGUGGUUAUGGAGACUCCCAUGACUGGGAAAGAUAGAUCAUUCAAGGGAGGAGACAGCAGCAGCAGCAAUGAAAAGACGAAGAAGCAAGGUGGCGGUAAUGUUUGUGGUUCAGUGUCUAAGGCCCUAUUUCGAGAUUACUGACAUGCUGUUACUUAUUUUUGCUAUCAGUUCUAACUUUGCUGAUUCAAUUCUAGUUUAGGCAACUUCAGUUGCCCCUUCAAUUAUUUGUUUUAAGAUCCUAACAUUUCUCUUCUUAACAUUAUAGUGACUGUAACUUGUAAGUAAACCAGAAACAAUGUAGAUGUACUUUAUUCAAUCUUUUCGAGCUCUCGUGAAUUCACUGCUUGUUCAUGGCAGAAGAAAACGUAUGAGAAAUG